UCAACAUCAAUUAUUUCACCAUCUCUGUGCUUAUUUUUUAGGUAAAUCUACAUUUCUUUAUUAUUUUUUUAGGCUACACUUCUUCUUCUUCUUGUCGUUUUUUAUUCAAUGCUAUCACUGUUUUUCAGAUCUGGGGCAGUGGGUUUUACAAACCACAAGUUUAAGCUGCAAUGUGAUUAUCCCCCAUCAUGUGAUCUACAGCACUGGCAUGAAAGAAGGCGUUUUUUGUUUUUUUUCAUGAGAGCAGCUCUCAGAGGUUUGAAUCAACUGGACAGACAUACCAUUCUCCUCUUCGGCAAUCGGUUUGAUCAUGGCAAAAUCAACUGACUUGUGAACCGAAUCUUCAAAGGUGCGAAGGGAAGUGAAGAAAAUGGAUGGUCACAGUAAACCCAACCAUGCCUCGAAAUUCCAGUGGCUUUCGUUUGCCUACCAGGGUCUGACAGAGCUCCCUUAUGACAACAUACUGAAACAGGCGGACAGUCUGGAGGUGCUGGACCUGAGUUACAAUCUGCUGGACGAGAACCCGGCUCUGCUGGGUCAGCUGGAGAAGCUCAGCACGCUGAUCCUGGACUGUAACAACUACACGUCGCACGUCAAGUUCCCCUACAUGGCCAGCGUGACCACGCUGUGCAUCAACAAGAACAAGAUCAACAACCUGCCUGUGUUUGUGGAGGAAAUCAGGCGCAAGUUCCCAAACAUCAGGAUUCUCAGCAUGAUGAACAACGAGGCAGCACCGAGUUAUUUUAAUGGAGGAAGUCUGACCCAGUACAAAGAUUAUAGACAGUACGUGGUCAGUCAGAUCCCAGGUCUGGAGAUCCUGGACGACACCGAGGUCCUGGAGAAGGAAAGAGCUCAGGCUCGUAAAACCUACAGACUGCAGCGUCAGAGCAGGAACAGCAGCAGGAAGAGGAGGGAGAAGGACGAGUCCUCCAGGAGACGCACACACAUGCAGAAAAAGUCUCAUACUGUCAUAAGACAAUAGCUCAUACACACUAUAGUUUUAUUUUAGUAUUUUUUUAAUCCUUUCAUUUUAGAAUCACAGAGUCAGUGUGAGUUGUGCAGGUUUAUAGCAAGACAUUUAACAAAGUCUGACUUUACAGGUAUUAACAACAUCAAUUUGUGACUUUUUAACGUGUUUAAUUACAUUUUGUUACCUGUUUUGCAGAAUACAUGUCUAAAAAUCCUGUUCUUUACUCUAAAAAGCUGUUUUUGUUAGUAUUCAAAUCCAAACACCAGCACCACAUUAAAAAUGAAAAUAAUCUAUAUUCAUGUUCUUAUUUCAUGUGGAUAUAUAUAUUUCUUAUAUCCACAUGAAAAGUGUUUGGUCAUCACAUUAAAAACUGCUUAAGAUACACAACUGUUACAUUGCAGGAUUACUACAUUGUAUUACCACUAGAGGGCAGCAAUGUUCAGUAGAAAUCUCUCAUUGCAUCCAACUUCCUACAGUCUAUGGGAUUUCCUUUUUCCUGGGUUUAAAUGAGCGUCUAUAAGAGUUUGAGCUUGUGUAAAACUAAGAGAAAUCAUGGGAUGAGAUUAUACAAUUGGAGAAACAUUGAGUAAAAAAAGUCACAUGACCCCCUCUAUUUUCUUCCCUUCAGAUAUUAUUUACAUAUAGGUUACUGAAUUAAUUUGUCUCCAAACCACUCAUUGUAGUCUUUAUUUAAUAAAAGUGAACAUUAAAUAAAUGUGUUAAUAAAAACGUGAAAACCUUUAA